CCAGUGCGCAUGCGGGUGGUGCGCGUCUUCUCAUUAUGACAGCUAACGUUAGCAAGCGCUGUAAACCCGAAAGAGGGAGUUCAGAAACGUUGUGGAAUAGACGUAUCGAGCUAACGAGUUAUUGCUUACUGCAAUUAUUUCACGGUUAUUGGGAAUCCGUAAACAACUGUUAUACUAAUCAACUUGUUUGUCCUUUGCCUCUCUGCGUGAGCUGGUAAAGAUGAAGCCAGACAUCCACACUCUGGCCCAUCACCUGAAGCAGGAGCGGCUGUAUGUGGCCUCAGAGAAGCAGCUGAUCCAGCGGCUCAAUGGGGACGUGCUGAAGACUGCUGAGAGGCUGUACCGUGCUGCCUGGAUCACCAAGCAGCAGAGGAUCAACCUCGACCGGCUCAUCCUCACCAGUGCUGAGGCUUCCCCGGCCGAAUGCUGCCAGCAUGCCAAAGUGCUGGAGGACACACAGUUCCUGGAUGGUUACAAGACUCUGGGCUUCCAGGAGAGCAUCUAUGGGGAGUUCCUGGGCCGGGUGCGGGAGAAUCCCCGGCUGGUGGCCUCCUGCCUGGUGGCUGGGGAGAGGCUGAACCAGGAGCACACACAGGGGGUCAUUUACACUGUCUUCACCUCACUCUAUGGCAACUGUAUCAUGCAGGAGGAUGAGAGCUACCUGUUGCAGGUCCUGCGAUACUUGGUGGAGUUUGAGCUGAAGGAGAGCGACAACCCUCGGCGGCUGCUGCGGCGAGGAACGUGUGCCUUCAGCAUCCUCUUCAAGCUCUUCUCUGAGGGGCUGUACUCCGCCAAGCUCUUCCUCACCGCCACCCUCCAUGAGCCCAUCAUGCAGCUGCUGGUGGAGGAUGAGGACCACCUGGAGACGGACCCCUCCAAGGUGACAGAGCGUUUCACGCCGGCGCAGCAGGAGCGCCUGUUUGGGGAGAAAGGCUCGGAGGGCUACAGGCAGAAGGUGGCGGCUGCUGUGGAGGCCAAUGAGGCCAAGCUGGUGACCCUGGUCAACAAGUUCAUCGGCUACCUGAAGCAGAACACCUACUGCUUCCCCCACAACCUGCGCUGGAUUGUGUCUCAGAUGUACAAGACUCUGUCGUGUGUGGAGAGGCUGGAGGUGGGCGAGGUGCGGACCAUGUGCACGGACCUGCUGCUCACCUGCUUCAUCUGCCCAGCCAUAGUCAACCCUGAGCAGUACGGCAUCAUCUCAGACGCCCCUAUCAACGAGGUGGCUCGCUUCAACCUCAUGCAGGUAGGGCAGCUUCUUCAACAGUUGGCAAUGGCUGACGGUGAUGGAGACCCUAGGAGGAAGAACAAUUUGGCCAAGUUCGAUAAGAGCUGCGUAUCUGCCUUCCUGGAUGUGGUAAUCGGAGGGAGAGCUGUGGAGACGCCGCCCAUGUCCUCCAUGAACCUACUUGAAGGCCUCAGCAGGACGGUGGCGUACAUGACACACAGUCAGCUGCUCUGCCUGGUGGACUUUGUACGGAGUGUGAUGGCAGGGGACUACCUCCGGGAGGAGGAGCACAUACUCCUGGAGACCCUAAUGGCCAACGUGCCCCAGUCCCGCACAGUGAAAAGCAACAGUCUGGAGCUCACCCCCUCCAACACCCCUCAGCUUUCCCCAACCACCACCCCUGCCAACAAGAAGAACAGGAACUUGGGACAACAGUUAGCAACGUCCUGGGAUUCCACAACCACCACCCUGUCUGCACACAUUCCAUUAGUUACCCCUUUUGCCUCCCGCAGUCGCAGCCGUACUGAGCUGGCCCAGCAGGGGGAAGCAGAGGCCAGCUCCAUGGAAUCCCUGCAGGAGGUGAUGCCAGAAGAGGUGCUGGUGAUCUCACUCGGAAGCAGCCCGCAGACUAUCCCCGGCAUGAUGUCAGAGAAUGAGGUGUUGACUGUGCAGCAGACUGAUGGAGCACAAGGGUACACUCCUGCAGACGACACCAAGCACCAUUGCAAACCAGACAAAACCCUGCGUUUCUCCCUCUGUAGUGACAACCUGGAGGGUAUCUCAGAGGGUCCGUCCAACCGCUCUAACUCUGUGUCGUCUCUGGACCUGGAGGGAGAGUCUGUGUCAGAGCUGGGAGCCGGGCCAUCAGGGAGCAAUGGGGUGGAGGCUCUACAACUGCUGGAGCAUGAACAUGCCACCACUCAGGACAACCUGGAUGACAAACUGAGGAAGUUUGAGAUACGAGACAUGAUGGGCCUGACGGAUGACCGGGAUAUCUCAGAGACUGUGAGUGAGACCUGGAGCACAGACGUGCUGGGCAGCGACUUUGACCCCAACAUGGACGAAGAUAGACUGCAGGAAAUAGCUGGGGCGGCUGUAGAGAACAUGCUGGGCAGCCUGCUGUGUCUACCAGGCUCUGGUUCAGUGCUGCUAGACCCAUAUGGAUCCACCAUCUCCGAGACCACCAGCGAGGCCUGGAGUGUGGAGGUCCUGCCCAGCGACUCAGAAGCCCCAGACCUGAAGCAGGAGGAGCGUCUACAGGAGCUAGAGAGCUGCUCCGGGGUGGGCAGCACCUCCGAUGACACAGAGGUCAGAGAGGUCAGCUCUCGGCCCAGCACCCCAGGGCUCAGCGUCGUCUCAGCGACAUCAGAAGACAUCCCCAACAAGACAGAGGACCUGCGGUCAGAAUGCAGCUCGGACUUUGGGGGGAAGGACUCUGUGACCAGUCCAGAUGGGGAGGAGUCAUCCCACGGAGCACAUCACAGUUUGGCCUCUCCGCCCUCUCAGGCUGACUCCUUACUGGCCAUGUUUGAUCCCCUCUCUUCCGGCGAAGAUUCCUCCACUGGUACCAUCGUGAGGCCCAAGGUGCACUACGCCAGACCCCUUCAUCCUCCGCCUGACCCACCCAUCCCAGAGACCUGUGCCCUGGGCCAGGAGCCCCGCUACUCCCUGUUCACGCCCCACUGCCUGGCCCAAGCCGAGCUGGAGCACACCAAGCAGCGCCACUCCUACACAGACAGGCUGGUACGCAGCCGCAGCUCUGACAUUGUGUGCCCAGGCCGCCGACCCACCAGCGACCCGGGCCUGAAUCGCAGGGCUGCAGCCGAGGAGCGGGACCAUGCGGGGGCCUUCUUUAUGGGGCCGUUCUCGUCUCCUAGCAAGGACUCCCUGAAAGGGGAGGUUGAGGAGAGAAAGGACAGUGAUGAGGAAAAGUCUGAUCGCAACAGACCAUGGUGGAAGAAACGCUUUCAGUCAGCCAUUCCCAAAGCUCCGAUAGCAGCCUUACGGAAAAGGGACAAGCAGGAGAAAGACAAUAUGGGCCAUGAACGUGUCCCACAAGACGACCCUCUGUCCAGGAACUCCCAGGCCCAGGCAGCAGAAGACAUCCUUGACAAGUACAGGAACAUCAAGAGGACCAGUCCCAGUGAAGGAGCCACUGCCGCAGCCUACGACGCCACAGAGUUGUGUGGAGAGGAGUGUGUGCACAACUCCCCCAGAGACGAAGCUCUGCAGAACAUAUCCACAGACGACCUGCCAGACUCAGCUAGCCAGACAGCCCAGCAACACGAUUCCAACAAGUUCUCAUUCAGUGAUGCAAAGAAGAAGUUGAGGCUGGCCUUGUGUUCAGCAGAGUCUGUGGCCUUCCCUCUCAUGGCUCCUGCCACCACACGCAAUGGGCUGCCAGACCACACAGACUUUGAAGACAACGAGAUCGUGUGCUUCCUGAAGGUCCAGCUGGCGGAGGCCAUCAACCUGCAGGAUAAGAACCAGAUGGCCCAGAUCCAGGAGACCAUGCGCUGCGUCAGCCGCUUCGACGCACGCACCUGCAAGAAGCUGCUGGCUGCCAUUGCUGAGGAUUACAGGAAGCGGGCACCCUACAUAGCAUAUCUGACACGGUGUCGGCAGGGUCUGCAGACAUCCCAUGCCCACCUGGAGAGGCUGCUGCAGAGGGUGCUGAGGGACAAGGAGGUAGCUAACCGCUACUUCACCACAGUCUGUGUUCGCCUCCUACUGGAACACAUGGAGGCGAAGUCCCUGGACUUUAUCAAAGCCUUCCAGGGGUGCACAGCAUCAGACGACAAGACUGCGGCGGUGGAGGACUUCCUGCGCUACCUGUACGGGGCCAUGGCCCAUGAUGCCAUCUGGCAGUACGCCAGCGAGGAUCAGCUGCAGGAUGCCCAGAUGGCCAUCGAGCGCAGCGUCAUGAACCGCAUCUUUAAGCUGGCCUUCUACCCCAACCAAGACGGGGACAUCCUAAGAGACCAGCUUCUUCAGGAACACAUAGCACGUCUCUCAAAAGUGGUGACAGCGAAUCACAAAGCUCUUCAAAUCCCAGAGGUGUAUGCGAGGGAGGCUCCCUGGCCGUCUGCCCAGUCAGAGAUCCGGACCAUCAGUGCCUACAAGACCCCUCGGGACAAAGUGCAAUGUAUUUUACGCAUGUGUUCCACCAUCAUGAAUCUCCUGAGUCUGGCCAACGAGGACUCUGUCCCCGGAGCUGACGAUUUUGUCCCUGUGCUCGUCUUUGUCCUGAUAAAGGCAAACCCGCCUUGCCUGCUGUCCACUAUUCAGUACAUCAAUAAUUUCUACGCCAGCCGGCUGAGUGGGGAGGAGUGCUAUUGGUGGAUGCAGUUCACCGCGGCAGUGGAAUUCAUUAAGACCAUCGACGAUCGCAAGUGAAGCAGAACGAACAGCCACCUGUAUGGGCAGACCGUGGUGAAGGAGACUGGACUGGGAGCCUUCCCAACCAACUGCUCCCUCUCUCUCUGCUCCCCACAGCCACCAGGACCACACCCUGUCUGCUGUCUAUUUGUAUAGCUGUACAUAGUCAGAGACUGAGAGUAUAUAUGAUUAUUAAGCUGGCAAAGUCCAGGUUUUACAGUAGAGGAAAAGGCCUUGGAAAAAUGGCAGAUGUUAACUUUGAACUUAAACUAAUUAGAUGUUUUUUCCUUUCAUCUCUUGGGUCUCCUUAGUCAUGGUGAGGUGUGGGGGUCUGUAUCUAUCUUAAGUUAUGAUUCUGAUGUUAAAUUGACUGAUAAAGCUUCUAAUCAGAUGAAAGGGAACCAUGUUUCCCAGAGAUGAUCUCAGAUAAAUGUAGUAGUAGGUGAUGGAAGUUCUUCCUUGUUAAAUUGUGCAAUCUUUCCCCUGAAAUACUUAUGCUCUUCAGAUGCAUUGUAUCCUGGGGAAUCACAAAACUCAAUAGAUACUGAGUAUUCGUGACUCAAUACAUAACAUCAAUCCAAUAUACUAAUGCUAAUGUUUCUAUUUUUAACGCUACCACAUUGAUAAAAGGGUAACUUUUUUUCAUCAAAUGUAAACAAAUGUAGUAAUUUCAGUUCAUCCUUUCCUAAAUACUUAUUUUUAUGUGGCAAUUUUGACACAAGGGCCCACAUAUUUAUAUAUGAAAUAAAAUGUAUGUAUUUAUUUCAUUCUAUUUAAUGCUUUUAAACAAAAAAACAAAAAACAAAAAAAUAUAUAGUGUUAGGACAAGGAGCAGUGUUGUCCUUGGACUGAAAACCCCCCAGGAUGAGAUAUCAGUAGCACUGCUUAUUUGGAAAUACUGAAAAUGAGUGCCUUGAGGGGUGUUUUGUGUAAGUCUUCAUUUUCUAUACAUUCUUGAGUAUGAGGGUUCUGCUCUUUAUUUUCCAUAAAUGAUUGGCAUUACUCUCCCCCCUCCCCCCCAUUAUCACCAAUGAGCCCCACAGCCUCUUUUUUAAUAAACCUCUGUCCAACCUCUAUGCUGGGAGUGACCUCUGAGGAGGACAGGCAGUGUGUGGAACACCGCUGGUUGUUUCAGUUAAUUCCCUUUGCUCUCAUUUCCUUCCCAUUACCGUUAUGCCCUUGAAUAGCCAAGAUUCUACCUCAGUUAGAACCAAUGAACAUGCAAUUUAUUUUUGGGCACAAUUCUUUAACAUUGGUUGGAUAGAAAGAAUCAUGGAACAGGUAUUCACUGUUCAAGGGGCUUCUAUAGCAUCUUCCCCUGCUACAAUGAAGCAUACCAGUAUGUAAUAUUUUUACUUUAGGCGGGUCAAAGUAACCUUUAGUAUUCAAGGUAGUAAAGCAUUUCCAAGCGAAUAAAGUUAGUUAUUUCUGUAGUUGAAUGCAUGUAUGUUUCAGCAUAGAGCAGACAGGCUAGUGAUUGGAUUAGCUCUACCUCACAUGAUCAAGAAAGGGACUCUUCACGCGUAUGCUCGCGUGGAUUAUUUAAUUUAUUAUACAAUUUUAGAGCGCAGGGAUAUUCCAGUUUCAUACUUUUCUUCCACUUACAGGCAUGUUGCUCUUCUGCCUGUUCUGUGUCAAAAAAAAGAAGGGGAAAAAAACUUUCAAAAUCACUUGCAGCCAAAGUCAUCAAAACUCAAACUCCUGUUCUGUUUUCAUUGCAGCUACAAAAGAAGGAACACACUGUUUGUGCGCUUAGUAUUGUGCCAAGUGUUUUGUCUUAUUUGAUGUGUUAAAUGACUGCUUUCAUAUCACAUGAAUAGACAGCACAACAAAAAGAACAAACAAUCAGAACACUGACAUGUUACUGACUGCUGGAAAAGGCUGUGAUGGGCGUGAGAGGUUUGUAUGUUGAAUGUGUGAGAGGUUGGUCUGUUAAACAAGUGCAUCUGCUCUGUCUCCUUUUGCACUGUCUUAUAGGAUGGUCUUCUUACUGUAGCUACAGUACUACACGAGCAGUAAGUCCUUGCUGGUAAAAAAAUCUCUAAAUACUUCUAUUUUCCAACUCAGUAUGAAAGGGUUGAAGAAUGAGGCUUGGUUUUCUUUUGAGUCUGUGACCCUGAUGUCAUUUAUUUUUAAAAGUUCAGAGCUAAAUUACUCUUGAGUUUUUUUGUACGGGUUUAGCGACGCUUGAGCCCUACAUUCUACAAGCAGAACAUUUGACAUGUUUUCUACUUCCCUGCUCUUUAGUAAUGAGUUGCAUUCAUUUGAACUACUGCCUCUGACAUUAAAAUACUCUAAUUGAGGUGAUUAUAUGGGUAGUUUAGCUAGGUCUUACUGUUAGUCAUAAGGACACACAUUUUAUAAGCAAUCUCUAAAGGUGGGAUGUUUGUUUUCUCCCCAUUCCCGGACUUCUCUUCCUGGUUUUUGAGGAAUAUGUGUGUACAGCAUCUACCGUUUUAAAUACACCUCUGCUAAAUAGAUGAUACUGUUGUCUAACCUGUUUGAAAACACACCAUGUACUAUGUCACCAAAUACAGAUAGACUGUAUCUAUAAGUGUUUGUGGUGUCACUUUAGAGGUACUGUACAGUACAGACCAAAUGUGAAACAAUCUGGACCUGAAUAGUGUUUCAAUGUUCCCUUAUACAUAUCAGUGACUCUUUUUAGCUAAAAAAAAAACUACAACCAGCCUUAGUGUCUGACCUGAGUGAUACUGUUCAUACACAGUGACAGAAUAACUCUUAUUGUGAAGUUCAAGUACACAUCCUAACAUUGAGAAGUCUGUACUAUAGCCUGAUUUAGCAAACAAGUAGACCGUUGGUGGACGAAGAGACACUUGCCUAUGAAAUCUGGUCUUCAAAGCUUUACAAUCCUCCCUGUGCUCUGGUCCCUGUACAGAGUAGGCAGAAUAAUACAUUUGACAUUUGUAAGCUUGCACAAUUAUGACAUAUGCAGAGGGGUAGGCGAUCUGUCUUUAAUGUGAUUAAUGUAUUAUAUAAUUCUUAAACUAUUAAACAGUCAUUUUUCUGUUA